AUGACAGCAGCAAAAUCAGGGAUUGCAAAUUUUGCAAGGUAUUAUUCAAUAAAAUCACAAGCAAACAAAACAGUUCAAUGGGCAAGUAGUAAAAAACCAAUCAUUCAAGAUAUUAAAUCACAAACUUUAAAAGCAGCAAAUGCAAUUAAUUUGAAAGCUGGACUGGUUCUUGCAAAAACAAUAGACAAAGCACAAUCUAGCACUACACAGAAAAGCUCAAGACCAAAGUUGAGUGAAGAAGACGAAAGAAUUGCCGAUUUGAGAAGGAAAAUUGAAUUGAAUGCUAAAGGUUAUGGUAGUUUACAAAACAAGGGAAGAAUCAUGGAUACUGAAGGAAGAGUUGAUGAUGGUUUUUGA